CGCGUGCCCCGUGAUGUUCAGUCCGACGUCGCCAUCUAGCAGAUGAACCGGAAACUACAACAACACAAAAACUAACAUGGCGGCGCCCACAAGGCUCAUAUCAAGGUUAGCGGUGGUGACUGGGGGCGGCAGCGGGAUCGGACGCGCCGUGUGUCAGCGUUUGGCCUCUGAAGGCGCCUCCGUCGUGGUCGCUGACGUCAGCGAGGACUCGGCCAACGCGACGGUGGCGACUCUGAGUGACGUCAGAGGACAGAGUCACACGGCCGCUGUGGUGGACGUGACGUCAAAACACAGCGUAACAAAGCUGGUCACAAGUAUACAGACUCGCUACUUCCAGCCUCCCUCAGUGUGUGUGAACGCAGCCGGCAUCACUCAGGACGACUUCCUGCUCAGCCUGGAGGAGGAAGCGUUCGACAGGGUCAUCCAGGUCAACCUGAAGGGCUCGUUCUUAGUCACUCAGGCUGUCGCUCAGGCUCUGGUGGCCUGUGGCGCUGCCAAAGGAUCCAUCAUCACUGUGGGCAGCAUCGUGGGAAAGGUAGGAAACAUCGGACAAGCAAAUUAUGCUGCGUCUAAAGCUGGAGUGGAGGCUUUGACCAGGACGGCUGCCAAAGAGCUGAGCAGGUUCGGGAUCCGGUGCAACUGUGUCCUGCCAGGAUUCAUAUCGACUCCGAUGACGGACAAAGUGCCAGAGAAGGUCAUUAGCAAGAUUAAAUCCCUGGUGCCGAUGGGAAGAAUGGGCGAGUCUGCAGAGGUCGCUGAUGUUUGUGCUUUUCUGGCUUCAGAUGAUUCCAGAUACGUCACAGGAGCCAGCGUUGAAGUCACAGGUGGACUUUUCAUUGGCUGAGCUGCGAGUCAGUCCCAUUGAGACAAUGAAUGACAUGGUAAUUUGUAGCAGCUCUAAUGAUGAAUGUGUUUUAUAGAUGUAAAUCUAUGUGAACAUGAACAUCUGUGUUUGUACAGACCAACUUUUAGUUAUAUCAAAAUUAAACAAAUUUCUCCACCUUG